AUGAACCAUUUCAGCAAAUCUGAACAAGAUGACUGGUUAACUGUCUACCUGAAGUAUCUACUCUUUGUAUUUAACUUCUUCUUCUGGGUGGGUGGAGCAGCUAUCCUGGCUGUGGGUACCUGGACCCUGGUGGAGAAAAGUGGCUACCUGAGUGUCUUGGCCUCCAGCACCUUUGUUACAUCUGCCUACAUCCUGAUCUUUGCAGGAGCACUGGUGAUGAUAACUGGUUUCCUGGGAUUUUGUGCUGUCCUCAGAGAGCAAAAGAGCUGCCUCUCCACAUAUUUCUGCCUGUUGCUUGUCAUCUUCCUCAUUGAGCUGGUAGCUGGAGUUCUUGCCCAUCUUUACUACCAGAAGCUAAGCGACGAGCUAAAACAGCAUCUGAACCAGACUCUGACUGAGAACUAUGGCCAGCCCAGAGCAAAGGAAAUCACAUACUCGGUGGACCAACUGCAGCAGGAUUUCAGGUGCUGUGGCAGCAACAGCUCGGCCGACUGGGAAUAUAGCACCUACAUCCAGUCUCCAGAAGCCGAGGGCCGUAGGGUGCCUGACAGUUGCUGUAAGACAGUGGUGGUCCUUUGUGGCCAACGGGCCCACCCUUCCAACAUCUAUAAAGUAGAGGGUGGCUGUAUCACCAAGUUAGAACAUUUUCUGGCUAAUCAUCUCCUACUCAUGGGAGCUGUUGGGAUUGGAGUUGCUUGCCUCCAGAUAUGUGGGAUGGUUCUCACCUGCUGCCUAUAUGGGAGGAUCCAGAUGCAGUCAUACUGAAGUUUGAACACAUCAUCUUCCUUCUGGGUGGAGAGGCUUCCAAACCGUAGUUGACCAAGCUUCCAAUAUCAUCUUAUAAGCUUUUUCUCUGCUAGCGCCAUAGAGCCUUCUUCUGCUAGGUGCCAGCAUGACAAUGGCCCCAGUCCAGUUAAAGUGCCUGAAACCAUGCCAUCAAGUAUCCUGCAUCCUCCCUUAUUUCUGUGAGACCGAGGCUUUCAAAAACCCUGGCAUAAAGAAAAACUUUCUUCAUCCCCUGAAGGAAGAUUGACCUUUCAUCUUUGCCUUUGGUAGUAAAAAAAAAAAAAAAAAAAAAAAAAAGCUCCUGAUGGAGUGAGGAUAAGAGUCUUGAUCACUGAUCUCUCCUAACUUUGGAACAUCGGACUUUGUAAGAAGCUCCCCUUGCUUUUUUGCCAUAUGAGUAAGAUUUGCUAUAUGUGAUUCUCCCUAAGGGUCUUUUUUCAUUUUAUCUUUUAAUUAGCAAGCAUUUAUUUUCUCUCUCCUUCAUACAUACAAUAUGCAAAAAGAGAAACAAACAACAAAAAAAACCUCGUAAUAAGUAUUCAUAGUCAAACCGAACAAAUUCUCACCUUGAUGAUAUCCAAAAAUGUUAUUUUGCAUCUUUAGUCUGUAAGCUCUUUGUCUGUAGGUGAGUAGCACAGAUCAUCAUCAGACCUCUGGAUGUAUCAUUGAUCAUUGUACCCAUAGAGAUCUUCAGUCUUUCAAAGUUGCUUGCCUUUACAUUGUUGGUGUUAUUGUACACAUUGUUCUCCUGGUUCGGUUCAUUUCACAGCAUCGGUUCAUACAAGUCUGACUAGGUUUCUCUGAGUCCAUCCUUUUCAUCCUUAAGGUUCCAAUGU